UGUUCUUAUCUGUGUUAUUGAUGAAUGCGGGGAGGUUUUAUAUUGGAUCAAUCUCUCUGAGCAGAGGGAUCGAUGAAGGAGGAGAAAACGAGUUACUGUUCGGUGAACAGGCAUGGCGGAUGGAUGUGCGUCGAGAGGUGAAUAAAGUGAUUUUAAUACAAACCUACCAUGGCGCAGGGUAUUAAACCAAGGCACUGAGAGGUUCCCUUGGGCCCGAUCACUUACACAAUCAUUGGAUCCCAGUGGAUUGGCCAUUGAUUCCGACAUGUCCUCUGAGAGAGACACUGUAGAACGCCUCAAGGCUUCUCGUCGUGCGUUUAAGGCCCAUGUUAGUCGCGCAAGGAAACGGACUUUGACCUCCUACAAGGAAUACAAACUUGGGGACGAUCCUUCCCUUUUGGAACAUAGCCUCACUGAGUGGCAGCAGGCCCUUGAAAAGUUUGUGAAUGCGGACAAUGAUGUCAGUCAUAUUGAGGCUGACAUUGGAGAUACUGACAAGGACAUCAAUGAACAUGAGGGUACGUUCAUUGUAUACAAGAUGAAGAUAACUGGUUUGAGGAGGGAUUUUGAUGCAUCUAUCCCCGGCCCUAUCUCAAGCUCCCUUGUGCCUCCUCAAUUUGGUGCCGCUCCUUUGACUGAUUUAUCUCGUUUCCCUGCCAAACGCCCUCCCAUUGUAGAAACGGACACUGACCAAAGAAAAUUCGUUCUGUGGCGUCCGCUGUGGGAGAAUUAUUUCACACUAAUGCAACUAUCUCGUCGAGACCGUUGCACUCAGGUCUCUGCCUUUUGGGAAUGUUGUACUCCAGGUUUCUUUCGUAUGGUUCAGCACACCCUAGGAAUUCGUCUUGAUACCGGACGUGAAGUCAAAGAAAUUCUGGAUGCAAUCGAGGCUCACCUUCAAAGUCUAAGGAAUAAACAUUUGGAUAUGCGGGAACUCUUGUCAGUUCUGCAAAAGGAUGGUCAAAGCUACACGUCACUAUGCAAUGAGAUCCGAGACGAUUGAUUAUGUGGAUGUAUCCCAUAUUACUGAAGAUCAAUUGCUCGUGGGUAUAUUACUCCAAUUGAUGAAGAAUGAACCUGACAAGGCAAAACUUAUGGUUAGAGACCCUUCAACCUUCAACGAGGCUCAGAAUUACAUCCUGGAGCUCAAAACCGCAAGGUGAGGUGCCAAACAAAUGGGCCAACCUUCUUCUUCAUCUGGUACAAGAGAAGUUAGCGGAGUGAGUUCCCUUCCCGACAGAUCGAACAAGAAUCCUCCAAAGACCUGUCUAGGAGGCAAAAAAUGUCACCAUUGUGGGAACUUUCCCCACCCUCGCGAACGGUGCCCAGCACGCAAAGUUACAUGUCUCAAGUGUUCAAAAAUGGGUCAUUUUGCCAGACACUGUCGAUCUGGUAGGAAGACGAGCGUCCACACUAAAUCCAGGGACUCACCUUCCUCCAAUCUAGGCCUCAACAAUAUUGUCAUUGCUGGAAUAACUUCCCCAUCAUUGUCGCCCACUAUAUUAGUUAACCUGGUACUCAAAGACUUGUCUUACGUCUUCCCAAUCAAAGCUGUUCCUGAUACUGGGGCUGGGAUCACUGUCAUGGGAUACAAGUUGUUCAUUGAGAGUGGCAUUGACAGGUCCCUAAUCCUUGACCCCCAAACGUCCCACAAGAUCAUCUCGAUAAAUGGAACAAUUUUGAAGCAAAUCGGUCAGUUCCAUGCCACCAUCUCUUUCGAGGAAGUGAUUGCCAAAAACGUCCAAGUUGUAGUCUGCAAGGAAGUUAAUGAGUUUUACCUUAGUUUGGAGACAUGCAAAUCCCUGAAUAUUGUCAGUCUUAACUUCCCGUACCCUGGCACCCAUUCAGAGGUGUCGUCUGUGAACCCUUCUCCAGAUCCAGAUCACAGUAUUCCCCAUGUGCAAUCUCCUGAAGUUUGGCCAGAUCGUCAUAUCUGGAUAAAUUCAUUACCAAGCUCGUCCAAGCCGUCCAUUGAUCAAUCAAUGUUUUCAGAAGUGGAGCAGAAAAUUCGUUCUGUGUACUCAGUUGUUUUUGAUGACGCUGAGGAACUUAGUCCUAUGUGCGGACCCAUUGUGGGCGAACCAAUGAGGAUCACUUUGAAAGACAGAUAUAAACCUUUUGCUAUACACGCUGCGAGGCAAGUUCCAUACGCUUACCAAGAUAAAGUCAAAUAGGCUCUGGAGUACAUGGAAAAGAGGAAAAUCAUUGCACCGAUUGGUGACGCUCCGUCAUUAUGGUGUCACCCUGUCGUUAUCAUUCCCAAACCAAACAGUGACAUCCACUUCUGUAUCGAUCUCACAAAGUUGAACUCUCAAGUUCUUCAUACAAUUCACCACACCAAAAGUCCAACCGAGGCUGUUGGCGGAUUUCAUCCUGAGGAUCGAUUUUUUGCUAAACUCGAUUUGGUCAAGGGUUAUUGGCAGAUGCCUUUGCAUCCCGACGCUCAACCCUUACUACCUUCAUCACCGUUUUUGGGCGGUACAAGUUUCUGCAUAGUCCCAUGGGAUUUGUUUCCACAGGAGACAGUUUUAGUUAUCAAGGUGACGUGGCCAUGGAUGGCUUAAACAUUCAUAAAGUUGUUGAUGACAUCGGCAUGGGACACAAAACAUUCCGGGGGAUUGUUUCGUUAGUGUGUGACGUCCUUGAGCAGUACGCUUGACAUGGUCUUACUGUGAGUAAGGAAAAAUCUGUUCUAGUCGCAACCUCUAUCAAGUUUGUGGGAUAUUACAUCUCUCACGGCUCCAUCAAGGUGGACACCUCUAAGUUAAGUGCCAUUGAGAAGUUUCCAAUCCCAACCACAAAAACUGAACUUCGAUCCCUCCUAGGGCUUGUUAAUCAACUGGGUGGUUUUAGCUCUCUGAUAGCAGAAGCUGCUGGGCCCCUCCGAGAUCUUCUCCGCAAACGUUCCGAAUUUGCAUGGAAUGUUCCACCCAUCCUUCGAAACCGCCCUUCAAACAGAUGCUUCUCGCCGACAUGGCCUUGGGUUUGUUCUUCUACAAAAACAGGCAGGCCAGUGGCGCUUGAUUCAGUGCGGGAGCCGCUUUUUCAAAGAGGCCAAAACGCGUUAUGCUGUGCUCGAACUUGAAGCCUUGGCCAUUUUUUGGUCAAUCAAUAAGUGUAAAGUUUAUUUGCGUGGUCUUUCCAACUUUUUGGUUAUCUCUGACCAUAAACUGUUGGAAUCCCUAUUCAACAACUACACAUUUGCUGCAAUUGAUAACCCGUGGGUAUUAAACUAUCGUUCUCAUUUAUGAGAUUAUUCUUUCGAAGUGAAGUGGAGAAGGGGGAAGGACCAACUAAUCCCCAAUGCGCUCUCCCGAGCGCCUAUUCCAAAUCCUCUCGACCAAGAGGACUCUAAUAUUGAUGCCGUGCAAGUUAACAACCUCCUCUCGAUCACUUCUGGAAGGGAUGAUCUCAUCCUGGAUGAAUUACGCCAAUUUGCUCAGAAUGAUGCCGACUACAGAGAUCUUAUUUCUUCAAUAAUUUCGAAAUCCAUCCCAAGCCGUUACAUAAGCCAGUUUAAGAAAAUCUUCUCAGAAUUAUCGAUCAAAGAUGGUCUGGUUAUUCGUGGUCAUCAAAUAGUGAUCCCUCCCACCGCUGUUCAAGAUGUUUUGCAACGCCUUCAUGCAAGCCAUCAAGGUCUUGAGAAGACCAAGCGAAGGGCUAGGCAGACCGUGUACUGGCCAGGUUUUAACAAUGACAUUGCUACCAUUGUGAAUGAUUGCGAAGCUUGUCAAUUAUAUCGUCCUUCUCAUCCCGCUGAACCGCUAAACCAAGAUCCGGUUCCAACCAGGGCGUUUGAUGUUGCCACAAGUGAUUUAUUUCAGUACGGAUCCCAACAUUAUCUGGUCUACGCGGAUAGGUACUCGGGAUUUCCACUUGUCGCCAAAUUUAGUGACGCUCCCUCCUCAAGUGACAUUGCCAAAGCGUUCCGAAAAUUGUUUUCUCUAAUGGGCGUUACCCGAAUCUUAAAAUCGGAUAAUGGUCCACAAUAUCGUUCCGAGGAAAUGCAAACCUUCCUUCGAGAGUGGGGUGUUAUAUGGAAGCCGUCGUCUCCGUACCAUCCUCAAGGUAAUGGGCAUGCCGAGGUAUCGGUCAAAAUUGUGAAAAGACUACUCCAGAAGACUGGUGGAAGUAUGAGCUCCGAUGCAUUUCACGCUGGUCUCUUGGAAGUGAGGAAUGCCCCUCGUGCGGACGGCUUAUCGCCCUCCCAAAGGAUUUUUGGACACCCUCUUCGUUCCAAAGUUCCAGCAAAUUGGCGCUCGUACUGUACAGAGUGGCAGAAAAGUGCCGAGAAGGCCGAUAUACAACGCCUAGAGUCUGAUGUCAAACGGAAAGAAUAUUACGACCGAUCAACAAAACCCCUCGCACCGAUCUCACCUGGCUCUCAUGUUCUUGUACAAGACCCAACUUCUCUUCGCUGGGACAAAACGGCUCAUGUCGUGGGAACAGAAGACAAGAGACGUUACAACCUGAAAUUUCCAUCCGGACGUCUGUUAUGGAGAAACCAAAAGUUCCUUCGGCUUCUCGGAAACCCCGACGACACUCUCGUUAAGGAAUCAAGCAAUGUCAAACCUUCAAACCUGCGCCGUAGCAAACGCCAACCGAA